GCGCAGCUCCCCGACGACAUGGGGCACGGCCCCUGUCUGUGAGGUGAGGUGGGCAGCGUGUCGACGACCAGGCAGCUGCGGGACUCAAUCAUUCUAAAGCGUCUGCGAUCGUCGCUGUGUUGGCUUCGCCCUCCGGACAUCUUCUCAUCGGGAGGAACCUACAACCGGGAAGUGCUGCUCGCAGCAUGGCUGCGACCCGAGGCCUUCAGCUGGUGCGUGCGCUGUCCACGACGCCUCGGCAUCUUUCUUCGGGGAGCUUCGCGCAGUCCCAUGCGACAGUGGUUACGAGCAGGAGAACGUCCAUGGGUUGUCGUCGACACGGAGCCGCCCGUUACUGUAGCCAGCCGAGGACCGGAGCCGUGCGCCUCUCUUACACUCUUCACGAAUCGGACGACGUCGCAACUGCGUCCACGCUGCCGCCGAUUGUGGCGCUGGAAGGACUGUUUGGCCGCAGGGAGAACCUGACCGCUGUGUCCAAAGCGCUGGCCGCUGCGACGGGUCGUAACGUGUUCGCGGUGGAUCUGCGCAACCACGGCGACAGCCCCCACACGGACGACAUGAACUACGCGCUGGUAUCCGCCGACCUGGAGCUGUUCCUGCACGACCGGGGCCUGAGCAGGGCGGCCUUCGUAGGACACAGCCUGGGCGGACGGGUGGCCAUGAAGCUCGCCGUCACCAAGCCCUCUACGGUGGAGCGCCUGGUCGUGGUGGACAUAGCGCCGAUCGCCCUACCGAAGUUCCUGGUCAGCCAAUGGUUGCCUUGGCAAAUAAACGCAAUGGAACACAUCGCGUCGUUGCUGUCGCCAGACAUGAGCCUCGACCAGGCUUUUCAGCUGGCCGAUGAAUACCUCAGCAGACAAGUGACCAAACCUUACGUCCGUAGCUUCUUGCUAUCGAACCUACGCAAAGGACCUCGUACGUACGAGUGGCAGCUCAACCUCAAGGCCAUCGGACAGAACCUCCAGAUAUUGGGCGAUCCUCACUACCUCAACAGCAAAAUCUCCCACGUGGAAGCACUGUUCAUCUCAGCCGACGAAUCUAUCUACAUCACGGCCCAGGACCUCAAAGUAAUCAAGCAGACGUUUCCCAAAGCGCGGGUCGUUACCGUGAAAGACGCCAACCACUGGGUGCACAACUGCAAGACAGAAGAGUUUGUUGACUUGGUCAGGGACUUCAUGACAGCGCGUCGGCCGGAAGCGUUGGUGAAAAGCCUGUCCACCGCUUGAAUUCAAAAGAGACAAAGAGGACAGUGCGAGACUUGAUCGCGACUUGGGCGGUGCUGAGCGCCGAACAAGAAUCAGUGUGACUAUAAAGUUGGGGCGGCAACACCCCUUUUCACCCAUUGCAUGCACGAGUUUCGCGCAAUAUUAUUCCUUCUUCAACACUUUUGCUUCAGCAUAUAUAUAAAAGUGUACCUUUAAAGACUGAUGUAGCGGUGACGUAAUGUGGAGAGCGGUGUUUGAUCGUAAGCCAUUAUGCCGCAGCCUCAUAUGUUUCUAUGUUUGAUUCUGUCCUUUGUGAACACAUGCAUGAUCCAGGCGUAUAGUGUAUUGCCGACUGCUUCCCAGGCUUGCCACCUCCCAUUUCACCCGGGAAUAAAAUUGCUGGCUGCGAUUAGAUUGAUGAACAUGAAAAUAGAGACCGCUCACAAGUGCAUAGUCGGAAAAAAAGAAAUAAAAUAAUGGAGCAAUCCUGCUUACGCGACUUCUCGAGCAUUAUAGGGCUCUUGCACGUAAUACCGGUUCGAUCCAACGCGAUCCCGUUGACGAGAGGAGAAAGUGAGAUACAUGAAAAAAAAAGAGACUACAUUUAGUAAAGGGAUUUCAAUAAAUAGCUGUUUCCGAGUCGCAUAUAGGCUUGUCUGUAAGACCCUCCAACAGCAAAGUAAAUCAGUGGCAGUUGCGUCUUUUAACGUAAUACUGCUGCCAUAUUGCUUGCUGAAUAGCUCACAACAGGACAGCACACGCAUAACGAGUCGCCUUAUACGCAUAACCACAUGUACUAUACUGUUAUGUAGAUGUGCCUGCGGCUGACUGUUUUUCACGGAAUCACGCAACGAAACACAAUUCCGGAACCUAAAUAUAUUCAGUGCAACAAAUACAGUCAACCAAUACUUUAAUAGUGCCGCGCGAGCCUAUAGCCAGUGCCUUUUAACGGCGCGGAGCGACGAGAUCAAGAAGAGUAGCGCAUGCGUACAAAGUUCACUCGAAGCUCAAGUAUCGUCUGUUAGGCUCUUCGCACUAGCACAGCGUCAGCCCCUGCUGCGAUUAAUUCGGUGCGCGCUUUCCGGCUUAUUUUUUCAACGGCAUCUCUUCAAGAACCGAGGAAUGUGCACCAAGGAAUGUGCUAAAAUUGCGAAAAUGAAAUCGUUAUUCUCCGACAAAUGUG